AUGCCUGACAGCCGUCUCCUUCCACUGCGACCUGCCCAAACAAAGCAGGAUGUGAUUACAGGCUCAAGUGAUCCUCGGCAAAGCCCGUCGUCUUCUCUCAAGCUGGUCCUAGAGCAAGCAAACGAAGGAUCGUCCAAUACGUGCCGGGCCAUUCAUGCUCUAUGGAACCAGGAUGUGAAAGAAGUUACCUCGAGAAUGUAUCUGGUUGAGGCAAGCCUAAGUGCGUCUCAGGAUGAAAUGGCAAGGUGCGAUGAGCAGCACGAAGAGGACAUGCACAAACUUCGGACCAAGGUGUAUGUUCUGGAGGAGAAGGUUCAUGUCCUACAAGAAGACAUGCUGAAUUCCCGACAAGAGCACUAUGAUUUCAGCCAGGAAUUACGUGCCGAGUUACAUCGGACUCGAGAGCUUUUGCAUCAAAUAACAGGAGAUAUCCAAGUACUGAAAGACAAUGAGAGUCCAGGCUUAGUCGAAGUUGCGAAUAGCUCAGAGGGAUCCGACUCUGCCUCCAGCCCAGCAACACCGGAAGCGAUAGAUGCCUGGGGCACCAAAUAG